UAUAUCCCUGAGAGGAAAACCCACGGAUCGUCACAGCGAACCCCUCCUCCCACCUUUCGGCGCCAACCCCGUACGCGACGCCAUCCAGAGCGACCCCUUUCCCUCAAAGCACAUCGUGGGACCGCCUUGCGACGACAAAACAGCAUUUGCUAAAUAGCACCGAGUUAUCCGAAAAUGGGCAAAUCGUGAGUGUCCAAGUCCCCCGAACUUUCCGCGACUCUUGCCCCAUCACCACCACCCACCGCCCGGCCGCUUUCUCCGCACCCCAUCAUCAUCAAUACGCACCGCAUACCUGCUUCUCAGUUGUGGAGGAAGGACCGUGAACAGCCUUCUACCCCGUCUUUCUCAUAUCUACAAAUCACACAAUGCCCCUCUUUGGCAGGAGUCGUUCCUCUGCACAAUCUCCCAAAACCGAAAGCAAGAUGAAGAGGCUGACACUAACCCCCACCCGACACAGACAGAGCAAGCUUGAGCGUGAUAAGUUGGAGGAGUUGGAAAAGGCCACCCACUUUGACAAGAAGGAGUUGCAGCAAUGGUAUAAGGGCUUCCUCAAAGAUUGCCCCUCCGGCAUGCUCACCAAGGCCGAGUUUCAGAAGAUCUACGCGCAGUUCUUCCCCUUUGGCGACCCAUCCUCGUUCGCCGACUACGUAUUCAACGUAUUCGACACGGACAAGUCCGGCACCAUCGACUUCAAGGAGUUUAUCUGCGCCUUGAGCGUCACGAGCCGCGGCAAGAUGGAGGACAAGCUCGACUGGGCCUUCCAGCUGUACGACAUUGACGGCGACGGCAAGAUCACCUACGACGAGAUGCUCAAGAUUGUUGAGGCGAUUUACAAGAUGGUCGGCUCAAUGGUCAAGCUCCCCGAAGACGAAGAUACCCCCGAGAAGCGCGUCAGCAAGAUCUUCCGCAUGAUGGACAAGGACGAAAACGGCAGCCUCGACAUGAAGGAAUUCAAGGAGGGCAGCCAGCGCGACGAGACAAUCGUAUCCGCCCUCUCCUUGUACGAUGGUCUCGUUUAAGCCUUUUCUUUAAUUUCAUCACAUCAUUCGAGUUUUUCCUUAUAAGAGGAGCAAACGGCGCGCAACGGUCUUCUGAUAAAGCAAGUCAUUAAGAGAAGGUGAAGCAGGAGGGAGGAGCAUGGUUUGAUGUGUGUUGCGGCCCCAGCAGGCGGGCUUCAUAUUUCCGGAGAAACAAGAGCUGGGAGUUUACAAAAGGGUGAAAAACAAAGAGGAAUCAGUUGUUGUUCGUUCGGAAGCGAGAUAUCCCAGGGAAGAGCGUGAUAGACCAGAGAAAUGGUUGCG